AUGUUCCUCGGUGGAGAAUGCGGCAAGCGUCUAAUACCAAAUGUCAUUGAUGAGACGGCUCGCAAAACUCCCGAUCUUGAGUGCAUGUCAAUCCCACGGAUCAACAAUCCCUGCGAUGGAUGGAAGCCUGUGACCUGGUCUGAGGUCGCCAAUGCCGUCAAUUAUGUCGCGAAUAUGCUCAUCACGCAGAAUGGGUAUCCAUCUCCUGGCGAAUUCCCUACAGUGGCCUACAUCGGCUUGGAGGACCCGCGCUACCCCAUCUUCGUGGUCGGUGCUAUCAAGGCCGGUUACCAGGCCCUGCUCAUUUCGCCUCGCAACUCAAUCGAGGCGCAACGGAACCUGUUCGAUAAGACGGAUUCCAACAUACUAUAUCAUGAACUCCAGUUUGCUUCAAUGGUGCAGCCAUGGGUGGAUGCCAGGCCGGCGAUGAGGAGUGUGGCUGUAGCGCCAUUUGACGAGUGGGUUGCUUAUGGGGUGACACCCGUUCUGUACACAAAAACAUUCGCUGAGGCAGAAUGGGACCCUUAUGUGGUACUGCACACUAGUGGCAGUACUGGCCUUCCUAAACCAGUAGUCCUGCGGCAGGGUAUGGUUGCUCAGCAUGAUCUUCAUCGCUACUAUAAUACGACGAUCGCAUUCCGGGACCCCUCUCGUCCGAUAACAGGCGAUAAUGUGGUUAAGUGGCUGAAAAACAGUAACCCCGGGUGGACGGCUAUACCACCAGCCAUCCUGGACCAUAUGUCUCACUCGGAGGAGGCAAUCACCGAGCUUAAAAAACUCCAUGUCGUGGCCUUUGGGGGAGGCGCUAUUACCCCGGAGACGGCUAAUCGACUGGUAUACUACGGUAUUAAUAUAGCGAACACCAUUGCAGCUACUGAGUUCGCUUUCUUUCCUUAUUACUCUCAACCGGAUCCCGCUAUGUGGCCGUGGUUCAUCAUUCCAAGUGAUGUGAUAGGCAUCGAAUGGCGGUUGAUUGGCGACGAUACGUACGAGCAAGUUAUAGUGCGCAAGGACAAGCACCCGGGGCUACAGGGUUGCUUCUAUACUUUUCCCCAGUUGGACGAGUUCAGCACCAAAGACUUGUACCGGCCGCACCCUACCUUGGCAGACCACUGGACAUACGUGGGUCGGGCUGACGACAUCAUUGUCUUCUCCACGGGAGAGAAGCUGAAUCCCGUCAGUAUCGAAGGCGCCAUCAUGGGUCACCCAGCGGUGUUCAGCGCGCAGGUCGUUGGUAGUAAGCAAUUCCAUGCUGGGCUAAUGAUCGAGCCUGUUCAUUAUCCCAACAAUGAAAAGGAAAGGCAGAUCUUUCUUGAUGAUAUUUGGCCAACUAUUGAAACGGUUAAUGCUCAAACGGUUGCACACGGCCGUAUCUUACGUGAUUAUGUCUUUUUGUCGGAUCCGCAGCGCCCAUUCCCUCGCGCAGGUAAAGGCACUAUUCAGCGCGCUAUGGUGGAAAGGUUAUACGCGGAAGACAUUAAAAUCUUCUUCGAUAACAGAAACAAUUUGGUUGUUCCUGUGGAUCUUGAUGUCACUUCUGAGACGACAGUUUUGGGUUCUGUUUGCAAGUUGGUUCGGAGCAUGCUCAAACUCCCUGAAUUGGACAUGGACGACGAUUUCUUUAUCGCUGGCAUGGAUUCGCUGCAAGUGAUACAACUCUCUCGCGUGCUGUUUGUCACCCUGAAGAAGGCGGGUGUUAAACCCAGCGAGCAGGCGGUGGAAUCGAGGGUUAUCUAUGCCCAUCCAACGAUGACACAGCUAGCGGCGUAUGUCUUCUCCCUGGUCUGCGAAAAUUGCAGACAGGGUGGCCCAACCGGUGACCCAGGUGUGAUGGCGGAUGAAACAGCCAUUUGCACUGCACUCGUCGACAAGUACAUUCAUGACCUCCCAGCGGCAGUGCCGAAUAAGCCAGCUCCUGCCGACAGAGGACAAGUUAUCAUCAUCACAGGCACAACGGGUGCACUGGGAUCGUAUUUGCUGGACUUCACUUUAAAAUGUCCCAAUGUUAGCAAGGUAAUAUGUUUCAACCGUUCUGUGAACGGUUUACAGCGCCAGAUUGAGGCCAGUACAUCCAGGGGAUUAUCGACUGAUUUCUCUCGGGCCGAGUUCCUGCAGGUAAAUCUUGCAGAACCAGGCUUGGGCCUUGCCCUCGAGGUAAAGACCCGACUCGCCGACGAGGUGGACCGCGUGAUCCACAAUGCCUGGCCUGUCAACUUUAACCUGUCCGUGGCGUCGUUUGAGCCGCACAUCCGUGGGGUGCGUCACCUGGUCGAUUUCAGCUCACAAUCUGCGCGCAAAAAUGUGCCCAUAACCUUCAUUUCAAGCAUUGGAACGGUUGAGAGAUGGCAGACCCCCGAAGUGCCUGUGCCCGAGGAGGCGCUACCAAAUUGGUCCAUCGCAACGAUGGGAUACAGUCAGUCGAAGCUCGCAGGCAGUAUGAUUCUCGAUGCAGGUACCAAAAUAUCGGGUGUGCCUAGUGUCAUAGUACGGGUUGGUCAAGUUGCGGGCCCGCGUGGCCAGCAGGGUAAAUGGAAUCCGCAAGAGUGGCUUCCAAGCUUAGUUCGGAGUUCCGUUCACUUAGGACUCCUGCCUGACUCCCUUGGCACAUUUGAAGACGCGGGCUGGGCACCGGUGGAGGACAUUGCAAAUGUGAUACUGGAUGUUUCGGGUGUGACAUCUCUCUGGUCGGUAGAAGAGAUUACCGGGUACUUCCAUGCACUCAAUCCAAAGGCUACCAACUGGCCUAGCCUCAUACCCGUUCUGCGUGAGUUUUAUGGCGAGAGGAUCGAAAAGGUAGUCUCAUUUGAAGAGUGGAUCCAUGCACUUGAAAAGAGCCAGGUUUACCCUGUGGUGGAUGAUAACCCAGCGGUGAAACUGCUCGACACAUAUCGAUCGGCGGCGGAGGGUGCGAAGAUGGGAAUCAAGGCGGCACCACUGGCUACCACAAGAACUAAGUUCUAUAGCUUGACAAUGCGGCAGAUGGAGGAGGUUUCGCCUGAAUUGAUGAGGAAUUGGUUUUUACAAGGAGGCACACUAGAGGAGCAACACAUCAGCAAUAAUGUCCCAAAGUCCCAUACGGCCAAGUGUAUGGGGUUCCUAAGAUGCGGCGAUGGUCCCAUAUAG